AUGCCCCUGCUCCGCUGUGGCCGACGCCAUGACGAACCGCUUUGCCAUUGUGGGAGUCGAGACGGCUUUGCUCACGCCGGAGGCACGCAGAAUUCNNUCAUCGGUUGGGACUUGGAGAGCUUGCGAUCUGGUGUCUAUGCAACAUGCAAUCACGAAGGAGCUCAAUUUGCAGAUGGCAGCUUGCGAUCCAGGCGGGGUGGCACCCCGAUGCGAGCCAAGGCCGUGUUUGCCUUUUGGAAAGGGGACGCCGAGGCCCACGUCAAGUCCCACUUUUUGGAACGGCAUUAUGGAGCUCGCAUGAUUUGCGACUGGUGUGCCGCACUGCGAACAGCUGCCGUCCCGUACGCCGAUUUCAGAAGUACGGCUUUGUGGCGACGUGAACUGCAAAGAUUUGUUCAGCUCCCUGGAAGAAAUUGGGACGAGAUGGACGACUGCCUCCACGCUUUUACACGGCUCGCACAACAGUGGGCCAAGGCCCGCAAGCUCGAUCUGUACAUAAAACCUCUUACCGUCGCCAACUGUGGAUUGAAGCAGAUCGGCUACCCCGAGCUCAGUUCCCGAGUGAAAGCCAGCAGGGCCAGGGUUUUGCUGAGUUUCUGCUGCCACUAUGUUGUGGCCUUGGCCGGGGUUCUGGCUGACAGGGCUCUGCAGCAACAGCGGCUGCUGUGGAAGGUGCGACCGAAGCUGCAUUAUUUGUCCCACUUGAUCAGCGAAACGCUGGCCACGAACCUCAACCCGGUUCACAUGUCCAACUUCCUCGACGAGGACAACAUGAAGUACCUCAGAGGAGUUGCACAUGCCUGCCAUCCUGGGAAGGUUCUCACGAGCUGGGCAAAGAGGUACCUCCUCAAGAAGUGCCUCUUGCUGCGACGGUACGAGUACUGUCC